GCAUUCUGAGGCACAUUCUGUGCCUCCCAGGUCUUUUGCUUUCAGUGUAAAUAAAAGAACAACUCGUGUCAGUCAAACUUAAUAGAAUCUCUAGGGGCAAAAUGAGAUCUUUUGCAGAACAACUUUUGGGUCGGUUUGUUUUUGUAAAGAGAAGAGCCGUUACAUUCCCUACUGUCUCGUUUUGUGUUUAAAAGAAAAAAAGAAACCAUGGCAUAUAAAGAAGUAAAAUUUACAUGGUUGUGAAUUACAAUAUUCUGUUGCGUUAAAUAAGCUUUGUUGUGUUACUGCUGUACAUCGUCCCUGCUGUGGGUUUUGGCUAGAUGGUACGUGAAACUUACAGGAGAUUAAUUCUUUUCAGUGUGAUUUAUUCAGGAAAGAGACGCAGACUAGUAAUUUGUAGCAAGAUAUGGCUUCUCUUAUAGAAAAUAAAGACCUUCCUGUUUCCAUUUGUGAGGGGGCACAAAAGGUAACAGGUUGAGGCUAGACCCAAGGACCAGUGUUUCACAGUGAGGGAAAAGGGCCUGGUUAAUUUUGUUAGGAAUACUGUGUUUGUGAUUUUUACACAUGGAUUCUUAAUCUAGGUUUAAAUAAUGAGGAGUACCAAGUGGUCAUCGGAAAUGACACAACUCAUUAUAUUAUUGACGACUUGGAACCUGCCAGCAAUUACACUUUCUACAUUGUGGCAUAUAUGCCAAUGGGAGCCAGCCAGAUGUCUGACCAUGUGACACAGAAUACGCUUGAGGAUGUUCCUCUGAGACCACCUGAAAUUAGUUUGACAAGUCGAAGUCCAACCGACAUUCUUAUCUCCUGGCUGCCGAUCCCGGCCAAAUACCGGCGGGGCCAAGUGGUGCUUUAUCGCCUGUCCUUCCGCCUGAGCACUGAGAAUUCCGUCCAAGUUCUGGAGCUCCCGGGGACCACGCACGAGCACCUUCUGGAAGGCCUGAAACCUGAUAGUGUCUACCUGGUCCGGAUCACUGCUGCCACCAGGGUGGGGCUGGGAGAGUCCUCAGUGUGGACGUCACAUAGGACCCCCAAAGCCACAAGCGUGAAAGCUCCUAAGUCUCCAGAGUUACAUUUGGAGCCUCUGAACUGUACCACCAUCUCCGUGAAGUGGCAGCGAGAUGCUGAGGACACAGCGGCCAUUCAGGGCUACAAGCUAUACUACAAGGAAGAAGGGCAGCAGGAGAAUGGACCCAUUUUCUUGGAUACCGGUGACCUUGUCUAUACUCUCAGUGGUUUAGAUCCCAGAAGAAAAUACCACGUGAGGCUGCUGGCUUACAAUAACAUAGAAGAUGGCUAUCAGGCGGAUCAGACUGUCAGCACGCCGGGAUGCGUGUCUGUUCGUGAUCGCAUGGUCCCCCCUCCACCACCACCCCACCAUCUCUAUGCGAAGGCUAACACCUCAUCUUCCAUCUUCCUGCAUUGGAGGAGGCCUGCGUUCACCACUGCACAAAUCAUUAACUACACCAUCCGCUGUAACCCUGUCGGCCUGCAGAAUGCUUCUUUGGUUCUGUACCUUCAAACAUCAGAAACUCACAUGUUGGUUCAAGGUCUAGAACCCAACACCAAAUAUGAAUUUGCUGUUCGAUUACAUGUGGAUCAGCUUUCCAGUCCCUGGAGCCCUGUAGUCUACCAUUCUACACUUCCAGAAGCACCAGCAGGCCCACCAGUUGGAGUAAAAGUGACACUGAUAGAGGAUGACACUGCUCUGGUUUCUUGGAAACCCCCCGACGGCCCAGAGACGGUUGUGACGCGAUAUACCAUCCUGUAUGCAUCCCGGAAGGCUUGGAUUGCGGGAGAGUGGCAGGUCCUACACCGAGAAGGGGCAAUAACCAUGGCUUUGCUAGAAAAUCUGGUCGCAGGAAAUGUGUACAUUGUCAAGAUAUCUGCAUCCAAUGAGGUGGGAGAAGGACCCUUUUCAAAUUCUGUGGAGCUGGCAGUACUUCCAAAGGAGACUUCUGAAUCAAAUCAGAGGCCCAAGCGUUUAGAUUCUGCUGAUGCCAAAGUUUAUUCAGGCUAUUACCAUCUGGAUCAAAAAUCAAUGACUGGCAUUGCUGUAGGCGUUGGCAUAGCUUUGACCUGCAUCCUCAUCUGUGUCCUCAUCUUGAUAUACCGAAGUAAAGCCAGGAAAUCAUCUGCUUCCAAGACAGCACAGAAUGGAACUCAACAGUCAUCUCGUACCAGUGCUUCCUUAGCUAGUGGAAAUGAGGUAGGAAAGAACCUAGAAGGAGCUGCAGAAAAUGAAGAAUCCUUAAUGCCAAUGAUAAUGCCAAACAGCUUCAUCGAUGCAAAGGGAGGAACUGACCUGAUAAUUAAUAGCUAUGGUCCUAUAAUUAAAAGCAACUCUAAGAAAAAAUGGCUUUUUUUCCAAGACUCAAAGAAGAUAAAAGUUGAGCAGCCUCAGAGAAGAUUCACUCAAGCCGUCUGCUUUUACCAGCCGGGCACUACUGUGUUAAUCAGUGAGGAAGACUCCCCCAGCUCCCCGGGUCAGACAGCCAGCUUCCCAAGGCCAUUUGGUGUUGCAGCUGAUACUGAGCACUCGGCAAAUAGCGAAGGCAGCCACGAGACUGGGGAUUCUGGAAGGUUCUCCCAUGAGUCCAAUGAUGAGAUACACUUGUCCUCAGUUAUAAGUACCACACCCCCGACAUCUGAUUCUUUCGCUGGCUGUGAUUCAGGUGGGGAUCCCAAGAUGAGGAAGUGUGAAGACCCGGCGGUGCCAUCAGAUAGAUGCUGAGCAGACUUCCUCUUCAGUUCUGCACCCGCCGUCUGCCACACAAUGCUUUGAUAAAAACGGCCUUCCAAUCUAGACAGCUGUGCUCAGGUAUUCUUACCUGUAAGUCUGUUCGAAGGACAAUGAACAGGGAGCCAAAGCCUUUUGUGAAAAUCUUGAUGUCUUAUUGGGUAUUUCAGCUUUUCUUUUUUUUUUUUUUUUUGAAUGUGUUUUGUUUUUUUAUUUUUAAACUGACAUAAUUUGAAUGUUUCAUUGUCAGCAAUGUGAAAGGACAGUCAAGGUAUUUGACUGGAAUAUAAAAUAUAUCACUGGAGCAAAGGGAAGACUUUUGAAAGCCCCUUUGCUGACUAUCUACCUCAGUUUGCCAGAUGGCAAACUCUGAAGACAACUUUGUUACCUCGUUUGUUGUUAUAGUUUAUCUCAGCUACAUAACCAAUGAUACUUAUAGUAGCAUUUUGUUUUCAUUGCUGUAUGUGUAAUGUGUGUGAUCAAAGGAGUCUUAUAGGUAGAUGAGUAAGAAUGUUUAUCUGAAGCUCUGAUUUUUAUAAAACUAUGACAUCUGCAUGGUUUGGAUAACUUAACACUUCUGGCUAUGAGGACUUUUAAACCACUAAGCAGAGAAAAAGUGGGACUAUUUCUUCUAAUGAAUGAGCAAAACAAAAAAGUAUAUCUCUUUUGAGAACAGAACUAUUUAGUAGCAUAUAGGGAAUAAUAUUGCUUAAAAGACCUUUGUGUUUUGGGCAUUAGAGUCUGAGUGUUUUAUCUGCCGUAUCCCAAACCUCAACCUGCCUAGAACCGUGCCUUUUCUACCUCCACCUUUGCCUGACAGUUGGCCAAAGGCCACACUGUCUAAUUUGCAAAGCAUCCUCAACUUUUCUAGUAUUAGUUGCAAAACCCCAUGCAGAAAGUGGAUUUUUAAAGAGAAUGGGUUAAGAGUAUUUUCUUUUUUCUUUUUUUUUUUAAAUCCCAGUUUGGCUUAAAGGGGUGAGGAAAUUUCAUGAAAUAUUAAGAAUGAAGAUAAAUGCAACAGUAGACAGUGAAAUGAACUUGAGGUUAUCAUGGUAACAGUGCCUUCCAGUAUAUAUUAUAGAAUUCUUUGCCUUAUACCUUUUUAAUAUUCAUGAAGUUGUUUAGGACAGGAGUACAAAAAGUUGCCUUAAGAGUUUCUUGGAUUUUAUCAAUAACUAUUUUGAUGUACAGUAUUUUACCAAAGUUUUUUUUUUUUUUAAGUGCAGGUUUUGUUUAGGGAUAAAUAUUCAGAGCUCUAUCACCCUAUUUGUUGUGUUUUCUUGAAUUCUUAAGAGAAUUUGGUACUCUUUGUUUAAUCUUCCUUCAGUAUCAAUGCUGUGAAUGAGGAAUGCUAACUCCAGGAGUGAGUUAAUCCUCUGGCUGGUUUGAAAUCAGCAAAUUGUUUACUCAGCCACACAAAAUAGGCCUUCUUUCAGUCAAGAGACAAUUUCCAAGGUGCCAAGCAGUGGGGAGGAUAAAGAACUAAACACAUAUAGAGAGAGGGAACCCAUAGCCUUUUCAAAGUAUUUUUUCAAAUUUUCUGGAAAUGACUUUUGAAUCUUAUUUUAAAAGGAAUCUUAAUGGGUUUCCCUUUGAAACAUUUUGUUUAUAAAGGGGCCAGGGUCAUGUUAAAUGGUGUUCUCAAAUCAAAGGAAUAUUACUGGCUACUAGUCCCAGUAUCAUCUGGUAGCCCCAUGACUGGUGAUAUAACAUGUUAUAUAAAUUGUUAAACUUUUUUUUAGUCUGUGGUUUUGUGCCAAACUGGAUGUGUUCAGAAGCAGAUCAACAUUAAGUGCCAGCAACCACUUCUGAACUAAAUUAAAAGUCCCCCGGUUAAUCCUCUACGUAUGGAAUUCAUGGCGAUACAAAACAAGCAGAGCUUUAGGUGAACGAUAUGCAGCAAGGAAAAAUGCUGCUCCCUGCCUUUAUAGCUCCUGUUUUAUACUACCUCCUUUUAAAGUUAUUCUAGUGUUAUUUUUUUUCCUGUACUCAGGGAACAUUUUGUUACUUUUGAGCUGCCUCAUGGAACCAUGGGCAAAUUGACAGGGUAUGGCGUUUUUUUGGUUUGUAAGUAGAAGUAUGUAGGGCCAACUUUUAUCAGUAUCUAAAAUUAAGGAGUACAAUGAGAUCAUUUUAUUUUUUAAGCUUCCAUUAAAACAUAAACAAAAUCUAAAGCUGAAACAUCCUCCAUCAUGGCUAUGGAAGAUGUAUUUAGGACUGUAUGAAUUUGAAUAGUUUUAAAUGAUUAAAAAAGGUGAUCUGAAGUCUUUGAGGAAAGUGUUUUAUUCAGUUUUUGAGGAAUAGGCCCAUAGUUAAUAUAGGUCUUUAGGCUAUAACUAUUUGCUAAUUAUUUACCAGUACAUUUUUACCUCUUCAUUUUGUUCUUUAUAUAGACUUUUUCCCCAUAAUAAUCCUAUUACCAAAGAAUUUUCAGUAGAAAGUGAAAUUUUGAUUAUAAUUCCCCCCAAAUUGAAUUAAGUAGGAACAUCUAUAGAUACGAAGUUUAUACGAGUAGUUACUAACCCAGAACAAUAGGGUUUAUAUUGGUUAUUGUAGUUAAAUAGACUAGUAAUGUUAACUACCUUAUUGUUACCAGAGCAUUUAUAAUAAACUGUAAUACUUUCUUUACCAGCAGAUAGUUCCAAAGAAUUUCAAGUAUGAUUUUUUUCUUCAGCAAGUAAAUCUUCAACUAUACAGUAUUAGAGAAAAGUAUUUUUAAAUUGUUGAAACUACUUGUUGGAGAGAAAAAAUCUUUUCACCAAAAAUAACUACUUUGGUCUCAUUAAAUAAGAUAUUUAGUGUACAGCAAAGACUUCUUUUUACUUGACCAAACAAGCUUCUUUGAAGUCUUAAGUAUGAAAUUGUAACUAAAAUGUGAAGGUUUUUCACUCAUCUCUUGGUAUUUCACUCCAAAGGGGCUAAUAUGCAAUGGUAACUAUUUUCUUUUCCAAAGAUUCAUUUGCUGUAAGUACUUAUACAUGCAUGUCAUUUUUAUGCCAAAUAUUACAAGAUACUGCUCAUCAGUAUUUUCAUACCAAAGACCAUUAAAAUAUAUAGGUUAGCCUGUACGUAAGUAAAGAUGAGCAGAUUUGAAAUGAAUUUAUUUAGAGGCUGAUAGGGGAUCUAGUGUUAGUAGCAAAAGAUAUUGAAGGGCUAAGUUUACAUAAUUAAAAGCAAUACAAUUAUAUUGGUAUUUAUCAGUGUUUUUAUUCAAGUACUUUUUAUCAGCAAAUUAAAAAGAAAAAAACCAAAGAUAUUUAAGGUUACCUCCACAUAUAGGCAAAUUUAGUUGUACAUUAAACUAUCGUUUCUUGUUUUUAUGUUAACCAAACAUGUCUCUCCAGAACCCAGUCUGUAUACAAAUAGCAUGCAUAGGGACUUUCCAUUAAAUCUGCUGAUUCAGCCACAGGAUGUUUUUGCCAAACGAUGUGAUACUUUCCUAAGCACCUUGAGUGUGAGAUGUCAACAGAAAUAUCAGCAGGCUUUUCCAUUGCAGAGUAUUAUGGUAACCUCUGAAUUAGCCUGUAUAUUUCUCUUUCUGUUUAAAGCAUUACCUGGUUAACUCAGAUGGCUUGAGGCAAUCCCUGAAUAAUAGGGUUGUUCUCAUCUCUGAGGAUGUAAAAGGCAAACAAAUCAUGUCACUGUUUAAGUGGGCUGUGCUUUGACAGGUGUGCUGUUUAAAGCCGUUGAAAUCUAAAGUUGUUAAAUUGAAAUAUUUUUAUUGCAUCAAAGGAGCCCAGUUUUCAAACUUCAGUGGAAUCUUGGAUAAAGGAAAAAUCUUUGUCAUGAAAUCUAGGGUUUUAGAUUUUGAUUAGCCUAAAAACAAAAACACCAUUUUGUCCACUAAAUGACUUUAAAAAGUCAGCUUUGCCAUACCAAGGAAAUUAGACCUUUGCUUUAAACAAGAGUAAUGCCAACAUUGGGACCAAUGACAGUGAUUUGCAUAAGUUUGUCUUGGCUUUGUUAAGGACUUUUGCCUGAAACUUAACUCAGGGUUGACAACCCAGAAUCAUUGUUCAAGUCCACAGGAAGUCACUUUUAGAAACAAUUUCAGACUGUCACACAAAGAUGGAAUUGAAGGUAUCAUUUUUUUUAAUGCAAGAAUACCCAAAUGUGGUUUUCACUUCAGCAAGUGGCUACAGCGAUUCAUUCAUAAUACAUUUAUAUUUCAUUGAAUGUAUAUUUUCGAUACUGAAUGUAAAAAAAAAAAAAAAAAGGUUCCAAUUAUAUUGAAAGGGUCAUGAUCUUUCUAAGACUCUAUGUGCGUUGUGCAGGCUUUGUUCCUGACAAUUUGCCACACAAGUCUCUGAUAAAAUUGCUUUGGUUUAAUAGUCAGAAUAAUUUUUGUGGUCUGUGAGCACAGAGUAGCGGGUUCUGGAAACCACCAUACACAGCUAUUUGUCUAACUGUAAUCUUAUUGAUGUUUAGAAGAAUGUAACUACAGAAUUCUGUGUUAAGUUGAUUUACUCUCAGGACGUAAGACCACAGGCUAAUGCAAUGUGUAUGUUUGCAGGCUUUAAUCUUUCCCAGUUUCCCUAUUAAAGCCUUUGAAGGUGUUUCAGGUUAACAUGACAGUCUUGUAUUUUCACCAGAUACUGAAUUAUGUACCUAUUGCUACUGUGACAAAUUACCACAAAUUUAGUGGCUUAAAGCAACACAAGUUUAUCAUCUUAGACUUCUGUAGAUCAGAAGUCCAACACAGGUCUCACUGGGAUAAAAAUCAGGGUUUACAGGGCUGUGUUGCUUCUGGAGGCUUUAGGGGGAAAUCGAUUUCCUUGUCUUUUCCACCUUUUAAAGACUGUGAACCCCUCCCUCCAUCUUCAAAGCCCACCAUGUAGUUUCCCUCUGAUACCGCUCCCGUUAACAUUUCUCUUUCUCUGCCCCCAACUGAUAAAGGUUCUCCAGUCUUAAGGACCCCUGUAAUUACAUUGGGCCUACCUAGAUAAUCCAGGAUAAUCUCCCUAUCUCGAGUUCCUUAAUUUAAUCACAUCUGCAGAGUCCCUUUUGCCAUGUAUGGUAACGUAUUCACAGUUCCCAGGGAUUUGGGCAUGGACUUCCGUGGGUGGCCGAAUUAUUGUGCCUACCACAAAUAGAUUAUUUUUAUGGAAUUCUGAUCCUUAUAAAAUGUCUAUAGCAUUAAAGAGAUUGGAAAUCUGAGGUUAUAUGCCCCUUGGGGAUCUUUAAAAUUUCAAAGCCAUGAAAACUUUGACUUAGAGCCUAGAAAAACUAUACAUUAAACUUUCUCUCUAAAACACUUGGAAAAACAAUUCAGCUUUAAACUUUCUGAAUAUGUGCCUCAUAGAAUAACAUUUCAGUUCUUGGUUUAACAAAGUUUCCUAAAUAUUUGCCUCUGACUUUAUGGAAUUUCAUCAGAAAUUUUUGAAAACUGUUCUUACUGUAGUUAACCUUCGUUUCUCUCCAGUGAUUAUGUUGCUGGGGAAAGCUUGGGGAAGACCUCAAAACAUAGGGACUACUCAGAGUAGAUAAGCAGGACCCUGCUCAGGUUUAUGUUUUGUUUUCUUUUAAAACACAUUUGCAACAGGUAACCUUCCAGCUUUUAAAUCUGGUUUAAUCUCUUCAGCUUCACCAAGCCACUGAAUGUUUGGUUUCCAGUUUUGGUAACCCCUAGAUUUUCCAUCGUCCUCAGCAAGAGCCUCUACUCAUCUCAUCAGCACAUACAUCUCCUAGGAAAUUUUAUCUUGUCAUUUUUCUUCUUCUUUGAUUUUAGUUGUUCCUUGUCCUAGAAAGCUUUAGAUCCCAAAGCUGCUGUUUGUUUGAAUUUCUGGAUCAGAAUGCAGUGGUGUCAGCCUAGCUCACUGCAACCUCAAACUCCUGGGCUGAAGUGAUCCUCCUGCCCUCAGCC